AUGGGACACAAGCCCUCAACCCAGGCUGCUUUAAUAAAACGGAUGAAAAAUGUAACUGAAUUCAUCUUGCUGGGCCUGACUCAGAAUCCAGAACUGCAGAAGCUCUUAUUUCCUGUGUUUUUAAUCACCUACUUGAUGACUUUGGCAGGUAAUCUGCUCAUCUCAGUCACUGUCUUCAUCAGCCCAGCUCUGGGCUCUCCCAUGUACUUUUUUCUGUCCUGUUUGUCCAUUAUAGAUGGUUUCUACUCUUCCUCCAUAGUUCCCAAAAUGAUCUUUGAUUUGAUCUCUGAGAAAAACACCAUAUCCUUCAAUGGCUGCAUGACUCAGCUCUUUGCUGAACAUUUUUUUGCUGCAGCUGAGAUCAUCUUGUUAAUUGCAAUGGCCUAUGACCGCUAUGUGGCCAUCUGCAAGCCCUUACACUACAUGACUAUCAUGAGCAGGCUUCUGUGUGGUCUCCUCGUGGGGAUGGCUGGGCUUUUGGGGUUUAUUCAUGGAGGGAUUCAGAUUUUGUUCAUGGUCCAGUUACCAUUUUGUGGCCCUAAUGUCAUUGACCAUUUUAUCUGUGAUUUAAUACCUCUCCUAGAGCUGGCCUGCACAGACACUCACACUUUGGGGCCCCUGAUUGCUGCCAAUAGUGGCUCACUCUGUUUGCUCACUUUUUCUAUGCUGGUUGCGUCCUAUGUCAUCAUAGUGCGCUCCCUGAGGUCUUACAGCUCUGAAGGGCGCCGCAAAGCCCUCUCUACCUGUGCUUCUCAUGUCACUGUUGUCAUCUUAUUCUUUGUACCUUGUUCAUUCCUGUACCUAAGACCCAUGACCUCCUUCCCGGCUGACAAAGCUGUGACUGUAUUUUGCACUCUAGUAACUCCUAUGUUGAACCCUUUAAUCUACACCCUGAGAAACGCGGAAGUGAAAAAUGUCAUGAGAAAGUUCUGGGGUCAUAUAAUGAAAACCGGUGAUAAAUAA